AUGGUUAGAACACAAGGUUUAGGUCGCGCGUUAGGGGCUAGUAGAGGUAGAGGCAUUAGUGAGGAUACGCAUGAGGCUGAUGUUCCUCUGCGUCGCAAACCUACUGCUUCAACACGUAGGCAACGGGUUCGUCUGUGUGAGGACGUGACAGAGAGACCUGAGGAUGUGCCUCAGUUGCAUAAGGAUGUUCCUCAUGUGUCUGAUGCCACCCCAGAGAUGACAGGCGCCGUCGAUGCUGAACGACCCGAUCUGAAGUUGGUCUCCCACGGUAGAAAAGUAGAUAAAAUUGGGAGACCAGCGCCUGAGAUCGAAGGGUUGAUUGCUGGCACCGGAUUGAGUCCACUGAUCAGGUGUUCUGUUAUCACCAUUGAUCCUGGACUGAUAUCCGCCUUCGUCGAGAGGUGGCAUCGCGAGACUAGCACGUUCCACCUGUCAGUACGCGAGUUGACGAUCACGUUGGAUGACGUGGCGUCACUCCUACACCUUCCCAUCACUGGCGCGCUGCAUACGUUCGAGCCACUUGUUACUUCAGACGCCAUUCGUCUACUGACGGAGCUUCUUGAGGUCAGUCAUGAGGAGGCUACAUUUGAGACCCGACAGGCUGGUGGGUCUCAUGUCCGGUUGGGGUGGCUUCGAGACUUGUAUCAGAGCCAGUGCAGGACCAGACGAUGGGUUGUAGCAGCCCGCACGUAUCUGCUUCACUUGGUGGGUUGUACUCUUUUCGCCAAUAAGAGUUCAACCCAUGUACAUGUCGUGCACCUGGAGGCUUUCAGGGACCUGGCCCAGGCAGGGGGAUUCGCUUGGGGGGCGGCUGCAUUAGUCCACAUGUACGACCAUCUAAAUGACGCGUCGCAGGCCUCUACACGGCAGUUGGGCGGUUAUAUUACACUUCUCCACUGCUGGAUAUACGAGCACUUUCUUACAGUGCAUACAUCCGUCGUUGAUGAUGCUUAUGAUGAGGGGAGCCCACGAGCCUGCAGGUGGCUUACGGGUAAGGCUCAUAUUACGGGGAUCAAGGGAGCCCCGUAUCGGAGACGUUUGGAUGCCCUGAGUGUGACUGACGUGUGUUGGAUGCCCUAUGAUGAGCACCAGCGAGUCAGGGCCUUUGACUUGAUAUCGUCGUACACCGGCCAGCUCAGAUGGGGUCAGAUUGUGGUGUACGUUCGACCUGAGCAGGUUCUUCGACAGUUUGGCUACCUUCAGACGGUCCCUUCGCCGCCGGUUUGUGAUUCUUUGACGGGUGAUGAUAUAGAUGACCGGUGGCUGAAUUUUCCAGACCAUUUGACCGAGGAGACUGCUGCGCCGAGACAUCCGCCUCCCCCUCAUCAUGAGGAGUUCGUCGAGCCACCCAUCCCCGAGGUUCACUGCGAAGGAUGUCAGGGCAUGGCUCAGGAUUUAGGAGCGAUUGCUGAGGAUUUGGAGUGGGUCAUCAACCUCAGGAUGGUCACUGAGGGCACUGACUUACAUGACAUCAUGACUCAUUCGUUGUCUAAGGAGAGCUAG